AUGGUGGAAGAAGAAGAGAUUCGCUGCAAAUGCGUAAUCUGUACGAAAGUAUUCGAUAAGACCAAUAUGACAGCUUUGCAAUGUGGACAUGUUUUCCACGAGGAAUGCAUGCAAAGAUGGUUGGAGCAUAGGGAUUCACCCACUUGUCCAAGUUGUAGAGCUUCCAUCAACAAAGAUUUGAUAGUACGUCGACUCUUCCUCGAAUGCGAUGAUCAAAACAAUGAUGUACUUAUGGUAGCUCUCAGAGAGACAGAGUUUGCUCUCUCACGUGCUGAAGCAGAAUUACAAGAACUCAAGAACGAUAAGAAAGAAGUAGUAGACAAGCUCGCACUAGAACUGGGAAAUGUUGCUUCGUUUGGAGUGCAGAUUUACAACCAAAGAAAGCAGCUGGAUGAAGCAACUGAUUUACAGAAGGAACUUAUGGAAAAAUUAUGUGGAGAGCAGGAAGAGGUGAAGAUUCUUCGGAAAAAGGAGAGCGAUUCUGUACUACGCAUUCGGGAUUUUGAAGAACAACUGAGGAUCUUAAAGAAUAACGAGGACAGCUCAAGACUUCUUGUCAAGAAACUGGAAGAACAACUGAGGAUCUCAAAGAAAAAUGAGGACGACUCAAAAUUUCUUGUCAAGAAUUUGGAAGAACAACUGAAGAUCUCAAAGAAAAACGAGAACGACUCAAAACUUCUUGUCAAGAAUUUGAAAGAACAACUGAGGAUCUCAAAGAAAAAUGAGGACGACUCAAAACUUCUUGUCAAGAAUCUGAAACAACAACUGAAGAUCUCAAAGAAAAACUUGAACGAAUCAAGACUUCUUACCAAGGACUCGCAUCUUCAUAUCGAGGGUCUGGGAGAACUACUGAGGAUCUCAAAGAAAAACGAAAACGAUUCAAAACUUCUUAUCAAGAAUAUGGAAGAACAACUGAGGAUUUCAAAGAAAAACCAGAAUGACUCAAACCUUCUUAUCAAGGACUCACAUCUUCAUCCCGAGAAUUUGGAAGAACAACUGAGGAUCUCAAAGAAAAACGUUCACCCUAUAGGCAGUGCCGGGCGAAAUAGCGGUGAGGAACAAUUGAGGACUUCAAAGAAAAUGGAAGAGGAUUUGGAAGCAUGUGUUAAGAGUGUGGGGGAAGUGCUGAAGGUACUCGAUAAAAGGGAGGCCGAUCUGAAAAUGCUCACUGAGGUUUGUAACACCGCAUGUACCAAGCUACGGAGUGUCGAAGAACAGCUGAAAUUCUGA